AUGUCCGAAUUGGCUGUUAUGGGUAUUGAUGAGCAGAUGAAUGUUGCCAGAGCCAACCAUGUUUGUUUCAUUUGUCUGAAGAAAACAGGAAGAGAACUCAAGCAAGCCAACUGUAAAAGAAAAAGGCAAUGCACAAAAUUAGACAAUGGAAUGCAAUGUACCUCCUUCCAUCAUCCCCUACUACACCAGAGUAAUGUGCUAAUCAGUGUUGCAUCGUUAUCUGACGACCAAGAAUCUAUUAUUCCAGUGGUUCCUGCCAACAUAUUUGGUCAGAACAGUAUUCAGAAAUGUGGUAGCAUACUUUCCGAUUCUGGAGCACAAAUUAGCUUGAUCCUUCAAGAUACAGCUGACUGUUUGCACCUUAAAGGAAAGAUAUUUCAGUGA